AUGGAGGAAGCUCACGACCACAGGCCCUCCUCCACCGCCGGCCGGCCCUUCUUAUCUGGCUUCUGCGCCGCGGCGCUCCGCCGCAAGCCCCUCGGCGCCCACGGCUCCGCCGCCGCCACCGGCGAGGGCCUCGUGCGGCAGCUCGGCGUCCUUGAGCUCGUGCUGCUCGGGAUCGGUGCGUCCCUCGGCGCCGGCAUAUUCGUCGUCACUGGCACCGUCGCCCGCGACGCCGGCCCAGGCGUUACAAUCAGUUUUGUUCUUGCUGGAGCUGCGUGUGUGCUCAAUGCAUUGUGCUAUGCUGAACUCGCAUCUCGGUUCCCUGCUGUGGUUGGGGGAGCAUACUUGUACACGUAUGCAGCGUUCAAUGAGAUCACCGCCUUCUUGGUCUUCACUCAGUUGAUGGUGGAUUACCAUAUCGGUGCAGCAAGCGUUGCUCGUAGCUUAGCAAGCUACUUUAUCCAAUUCUUGGAGCUAAUCCCGUUCUUGAAGGGACAAAUUCCAAGCUGGAUAGGGCAUGGAGAGGAGUUUUUUGGUGGUGUCAUAUCAAUUAAUAUAUUGGCCCCCAUUCUUCUCAUCAUCUUAACUGCGAUUCUCUGCUGCGGUGUCAAAGAGUCAUCAGCAGUGAACACAUUUAUGACCACAUUGAAGAUAAUCAUUGUUAUAGUCGUUGUAUUUGCUGGUGUGUUUGAGGUGGAUGUAUCAAACUGGUCACCAUUUAUGCCAAAUGGUUUCAAAUCUGUAGUGACUGGAGCCACAGUAGUCUUUUUUGCAUAUGUUGGAUUUGAUGCGGUUGCUAAUUCUGCUGAGGAAGCCAAAAGGCCACAGAGGGACUUGCCCAUUGGUAUACUAGGAAGCCUUCUAGCAUGUGUGUUGUUAUACGUUGCUGUAUGCUUGGUCAUUACUGGAAUGGUUCCAUAUACAUUACUUGGUGAAGAUGCUCCUUUGGCUGAGGCUUUUGCUUCUAAGGGACUGAAAUUUAUUACUGUAUUGAUCAGCAUUGGAGCUGUUGCUGGACUUACUACAACACUUCUUGUUGGCUUGUAUGUUCAGUCACGUUUGUAUCUUGGACUUGGAAGGGAUGGGCUUCUACCUUCAGUAUUUGCUAAAGUGCACCCAACGAGGCAUACUCCUCUACAAUCUCAGAUUUGGGUUGGUUGUGUUGCAGCAGUCAUGGCAGGCCUCUUUAAUGUGUCUAUGCUCUCCCAUAUUCUUUCCGUUGGCACUCUGACCGGUUAUUCAGUUGUGUCAGCUUGUGUGAUCACACUAAGAUGGAAUGACAAAGGAACUAGUCGUCGCUCCCUUGGAAGUAUGUCAAUCUGGCAAGAGGGUGUUCUAUGUCUUGUCAUAGUUGCUCUUUGUGGUUUUAUAGUGGGAUUUUGCUAUCGCUUUAACUAUGCUAUAGCAUUUAUGGUAGUAGCUUUUGUGAUAGCUGUUGCUGCCAGUUUUGCUCUCCAGUUCCAUCAGGUCUAUAUGGAUCCACCUGGCUUUUCAUGUCCUGGGGUACCGUUGCUUCCCAUUAUCUCUGUUUUCUUCAACAUGGUCCUGUUUGCUCAGCUACACGAAGAAGCUUGGUAUAGAUUUGUCAUCCUUAGUCUCAUCGCUUUGGGAAUUUAUGCUGGCUAUGGUCAGUACAAUGCUGUUCCUUCCAGCUCAGAACACUCUACUAUUGGCUACCACGGGAUUCCUUCUGAAGCCCCAUGA